ACUAUGAACCCCUGUAACUUUACCCACACCACUUUCAUUCUUAUGGGCCUCCCAGGACUGGAAGCUGCCCAGUUCUGGAUCGCCUUCCCUCUUCUGUUCAUGUAUAUUGUGGCAGUGCUGGGCAACUGCACAGUGGUUUUCAUUGUGAGAACAGAACAUAGCCUACAUGCCCCCAUGUACCUCUUCCUUUGCAUGCUGGCAGCUAUUGACCUGGCGCUCUCCACCUUCACAAUGCCCAAGAUCCUUGCUCUAUUCUGGUUCAACUCUCAGGAGAUCACCUUUGAUAUGUGUCUCACCCAGAUGUUCUUCAUCCAUGCUCUUUCAGCCACAGAGUCCACUGUACUCUUGGCCAUGGCCUUUGACCGUUAUGUGGCCAUCUGCCACCCUCUUCGGCAUGCGGCUAUACUCACCAACACUGUCACAGCUCAGAUAGGCAUAGUAGCUGUGGUGAGGGGCUCCCUUUUCUUCCUUCCACUACCACUGCUCAUCAAGAGGCUUCAUUUAUGUGGCUCAAACGUCCUUACCCAUUCCUAUUGUGUGCACCAAGACAUGAUGAAGCUGGCCCAUGCUGACACCAUGCCCAAUGUGGUUUAUGGGCUCACUGCCAUCCUGCUGGUUAUGGGUGUUGAUGUGGUGCUCAUCUCACUCUCUUACUUCCUGAUCAUACAUACUGUGCUACAGUUGCCGUCUCGGACAGAACGGGCAAGGGCCUUUGGAACCUGUGUCUCACACAUUGGUGUGGUUCUAGCAUUUUAUGUACCACUAAUUGGUCUAUCUGUGGUGCACCGCUUUGGAAACAGCCUCAACCCCAUUGUACAUGUGCUCAUGGGUAAUGUCUACCUAAUGGUGCCACCUGUCAUCAAUCCUAUCAUCUAUGCUGCCAAGACCAAGCAGAUCCGCUACCGGGUACUGGCCAUGUUCAAGGUCACCUGUGACAAGGAGCUUCAGGCUGUUGGGAGCAGCUGA